GUUUGUCAAAUUAUGAUUAAUCGAUUCCCGCAUUUGUUCUUUUAUGUUCUUUCUUUUUUCUUUUUUUAAUACUUACAAUUGCAGUUUAAAAAUGCCUCGCUACGAUGAUCGUUAUAGUAACACUCGCCUCUAUGUUGGCCGCAUCUCUUCACGAACGCGAGCACGUGAUUUAGAACGUCUCUUUAGUCGUUACGGGAGGUUUCUGGGAUUUUGCCAAACCUGGAGGCCUAUGGUGAGAGGGUCGGCCUUGGUCGAAUUGGUGGGAAUUCUUGCGCUGUUUAGAGGGACCCAUUGGCGAUUCUUUUUGUAGUAUUAUUCCGUGUUUUAGUGGAAAUGGAAACAAUCUCAAACUGGUGUUUAGUUCAUCUAUGAGCGGGUGAAGUAUGAUACACUUGCAGUACUUAACUACUGAUGGCCUUUAUGUUUCUGGCAACCGUUUCCGCAGAAUACGUGAAGUGGAUAUGAAGCGUGAUUAUGCCUUUGUUGAAUUUAGUGAUCCCCGAGAUGCUGAUGAUGCAAGAUAUAGAUUGGAUGGUCGGGACUUCGAUGGAAGUCGAAUUAUUGUUGAGUUUGUAAGGGGGGUACAACGAGGUUCUCGAGAAUAUCUUGGCAGAGUUCCCCCUUCUAGAUCUGGUUGCUGCUUUAAUUGUGGCAUUGAUGGCCAUUGGGCCCGAGAUUGCAAAGCUGGGGACUGGAAGAAAAAAUGUUUUCGUUGUGGAGAAAGAGGUCACAUAGAACGAAUUUGCAAGAACAGUCCUCAAAAUCUGAGAUGUGGCCGGAGUUAUUCUCGAUCACCAGUUAGAUCCCGCCCUCUUCGUCGUGGCAGAAGCAAGAGUCGAAGUUACAGCCGAGGCCAGAGCUACUCUCGUUCAAGAUCUCCAGCAAGGAGAGAGCAAAGUCUUGAGCGUGUUCAUAGAUCACAGAGCCCCGAGUCCGAGAACAACCCACAUCUCUCCAAGGGGAGGAGUCUCAGUCCAAUCCCUUCUCCACAAAAUGGGAACCUGGCUUCUCUGCAAGAUGAAGCUGCUUACGGAGGUAGUCCCCUGGAAGUAAGGAGCCCUGCUAAUCCUGAUAGAGAUGAGAGUCCUGUCAGAAGGCAGUCCCGAAGUCCUUCCGACGCCAAUGGUCCCAGCCAAAUUCCCAGUCCAAGGGACAACAAUAGUCCAAUCAGUGGUGACUACGAUGACCCACUCACACCUAGGGACUACCAUAAUCCAAUCAACGGUGACGACGAAGACCCACUUACACCUAGCGGAAGCGAGUGACCUUAAA